AAGUUGAAAGACUAGUUACUAUGGCGAUAUUCUGUUCUUGAAAGAAAAUAAUAAGUAAUGUGAAAGAAAGUCAAAUAAACAGAACUCAUUCCAUUCUGGCUUUUUUCUCUAUCAAACCAGCGAAUUUCUAAACUUUCACAGGCAGAGGAAAAAAUACGAGGUAUGAGAAGGAUAUGCUUGCAUUUACAGGUUGCAGUCACAAUUUGACCGCAGAAGAAGAUGAAGAGCUACGACAGAUGCGAAAUGAAGUUGGUCACUGGAAGGAGGAGAUUAAUGGGACUGAGAGGAGAUUGACUGGAGGUUGCCCAUUAACUCCGAGGGAAACUUCCCUAUUGCUUAGAGCACUAGGUUUUCCAUCACAAACCAGGAUUUAUCUGGUAGCUGGAGAAGCAUAUGGUAGAGGAAGUAUGAAAUAUCUUGAGGAUGAUUUCCCCAACAUUUUCUCUCAUUCCUCUCUCUCUUCUGAAGAAGAGUUGAAUACUUUCAGGAAUCACCAGAACAAGUUAGCUGGCAUAGAAUAUAUUGUUGCACUUCAGAGUGAUGUAUUUCUCUAUACUUAUGAUGGAAAUAUGGCAAAGGCAGUACAAGGCCAUAGGGGCUUCAAAAACUUCAAGAAGACUAUCAACCAAGACAAGGUAAAUUUUGUUAAACUCGUUGAUAAGUUGGAUGAAGGAAAAAUUUCUUGGAAGAAGUUCAGCUCCAAGGUAAAAAGGCUCCAUGAAGACCGAAUCGGUGCUCCAUAUCCUAGGGAGCACGGAGAAAUACCUAAGCUAGAGGAAAGUUUUUAUUCAAAUCCUCUGCCAGGAUGUAUAUGUGAAAGAAGGUUAGAUACUUCAUAGUAGGUUGUCUUUCAUAUGAUUGAUGCCAUGCUGAGGGUUACACGUACAGAACAUUGUGGCUGUGCUACCUUCAGUAUUUCUGUUUUGAGAAGGUGGGAAUGUGAGUCUACAAAAGCUUGGUUGUUUGAUAAGUGUUAUGUGUUGGCCUGGAUGAUGGACAUGUUUACAUGGGGCCAAGAAAAAGGGGUUAAGAAAUAAGCCACUCAGCUUCAUCACAAUUUACAAAUUGAAGGAUCAAGCACAGGCAGGUCAAGUAUACUACUAUACUAUAUACCAUUCACAACACAUGAUAAUCAUUAAUGAUUAAACACCAUACCUUGAGGGGCAAACCUCAUCCUUAAUCACACUACUAGUGAAGUUUUUUUUUUUCAUUUAUAUAGAUUUAAAAUUAUUCAAUAUCUUUUCAUGCCAAGAAAAGAUGGCGAGACUGAAUAAGCUGUAUUGUAUUGUAUUGUUAUAGUUCAUUAUUCAAUAAUACAAAAU